GUGGCCCUGCAGAGCGGAUUCCCCUCAGUUUGAGCCAGGAUGGCGGCGGCGAUGGUUCUUCUGAAUGUCGUUUUGCUCAUGGCUGUGUCCGCCUCAACGGCGGCGAUGGUCGGAGGGGCCAGGGAGGUGGACGUCACCAAGGGCGGCCUGGUCAGGGAGGCGGCUCGCUUCGCUCUGGGCCAGGCCUUCCUGGAGGACGAAGGAGAAGGAGCCGGGGAGCCUUCCCUCUGGGCGCUGCGCUCCGCCAAAACCCAGGUGGUGAACGGGAUCAAGUAUUACCUGGACAUCACCUUGUUGAAGAAUCAAUGCGGGAGGAGCCAGGAUGCGGCCAAUUGUGUCCCUUCAGGAGAGCCAGAACAAGUGUCGUGUCAUUUUGAAGUCUGGAUUCAGCCCUGGGCAGGCAGGAAGCAGCUGGUGAAGGAAGAGUGUCGCCCGGCUGAGCCCUCUGAAGUAGCUCAGGUGGCAAAAUUGGGAACCUGGGAAGUGCUUCGCCCCAGGGUUCUGGGUGCAGAUGGCGAGGAGUCGUCCCAGGAGGAGAGGCAUCUGCAGAAUGCCUCAGUCCACCUGGUUUCCCGCUUCAAGGACUUUGUGACCACCUACAAAAAGAGCUACAAGGACAAAAGGGAGGCUGAGAAACGCUUCCGGAUCUUUGCUGAGAAUCUGGAGAAGGCCCAAGUCAUUCAAGAGCUGGACCGGGGCACAGCGGAGUACGGAGUCACCAAAUUUAGUGACCUGACAGAGGAGGAGUUCCGCUCCACGUACCUGAACCCGCUGUUGUCCAAGCUGCCGGUCCGGCCAAUGAAAGCAGCCACCAUUCCCAGCGACCCCAUGCCAGAGGAAUGGGACUGGCGGGACCAUGGGGCUGUCACAGGGGUCAAGGACCAGGGCAGCUGUGGCUCCUGCUGGGCAUUCUCUGUCACAGGCAAUGUGGAAGGACAGUGGUUUCUCAACAAGGGAUCCUUGGUCUCUCUCUCAGAGCAAGAGUUGCUGGACUGUGAUGCCUUGGACCAGGCCUGUGGAGGAGGGCUGCCAUCCAACGCCUAUGAGGCCAUUGAGGGACUUGGUGGCCUGGAGACUGAGCGCGACUACAGCUAUGAGGGCUAUGAGCAGAGGUGCAACUUCUCCAAGGACAAGGUGGCCGUUUACAUCAAUAGUUCUGUGGCCAUCUCCCGGGAUGAGAAAGAGAUUGCGGCCUGGUUGGCAAAGAAUGGACCCAUCUCCAUCGCUCUUAAUGCCUUUGCCAUGCAGUUCUACAGGAAGGGAGUCUCUCACCCCUUCUUCCUUCUCUGCAAUCCGUGGAUGAUAGACCAUGCAGUCCUCUUGGUUGGCUACGGGACACGUGGAACUAUACCAUUCUGGGCUAUCAAGAACAGCUGGGGUGAAGACUGGGGAGAAGAGGGCUACUACUACUUGUACCGGGGCAGCCGCGCCUGUGGCAUGAACACGAUGUGCAGCUCUGCCGUGGUGGAUUAGGUGCCCGAUUGUCAUCGCCUCCCCACUUCGUAUAGGUCCAAAAUUGCCUCCUGAUUGUCUUUCCCUCCAGUAUUAAGAUGGGAACCUAGGCCACCUUAAUCGCAGGUUAUCCUGAUCCACUAAACUUGGCAACUAAUUUGUCAUGAGCCACAUGGAGAGUGACAGAUCUGGCCCCAUGCCCUCAUAGGAGACAACCUUCCCUCCCCAUAUGCUAUUGACCAUAGGGAUUAGGGUAGAGCCAUAGUCGUACCAUGAUCCUUGCACCAGUCCUGCCUUUAGAUAGAGGGGUGUCUCCUUCGCAGCUGGAUUUUGUAAGGUUGCAAUGGGGCAGAGGCGGUCAUCUUGGAACAUGGCUUUUGAGAUGAUGAAAAUUAUUAGCUUCUCCAAAACAGGUCAAGGCUUGGCUCUGAAUCUCUCCUUGUUUCUCAAGUUGGGCCUUCCUGAGCUAAUUCUUUGGAAGUCAAGAAGGCACGCUUGCAAGGUAAAAAAAGCAUAGUUCAGGACCCAACAAACUCAGACAAAUGUAGGGCUCUUCUAGGUUUGGAAAUGCAUCAGGAAGUUGCGGAGUUUCUUGCUGUAGUGACAUUUCUCUUAGGUCAGUUCCCAUUGCCAACUGCAACAUUUGAGUGGGCUUCUUUUUUAAUGCCAAGAUAUAUCGGAACCGUUUCUUCCUUUGUCAUCUCCUUUCUUUUCCUUUUUUAGACCUAUAGUACUGAGGUAUAUUAGUGAAAUGGCACUACGCUAAUGUAAGAUAAUCCCAUAAGUAUUAAUGGGUGAAUUUCUUUUCAUGGAGAUAGAGAGAGCAUGGAGGACUAACACUUGACAGUAUUUCUUUCCCUUUGAUAAUUCCUAUUUAUUUUAAGAAGGUCAAAGGCGUCUCCCUCUUUCUUGCCUCCAGUCCUUUUGCACUAAUGCAUCCUCCUCCCGGUUGGGAUUGUAGCACUAAUAAAUGGGGCACUCCAUCCCACGAUCGCUCUUGUAUUUCUGUUAGGACGAAGCUGAGCUGGGAGACUGGGGUGACAAAGUCACACGUCCGUGGCCAGAGGUCUGAAGACACUAACUCACAAGGUUGGAUUGCCUCCUCCUCCAGCCAGGGACCAAUGCUCAGGGAAGCCAUAACCCCAGUGUUACAUGGGUCGAGGUCAGGGCUGGGGAAAGCAUGGGGAAAAUGGCUCUGGAAGCCAACAUGAGAAGCUCUCCUUGGGGCCCAAAAUGGUCAAGGGAGGGACCAAAACAUGGCAGUUUUGCCCCCAUGCCAUUUAGGGGAUGUUAGGGAGCCAAACCCUAUUAAAGGCUUUGGAGUUGCUUCCAGGACCAGUUUUUUCCUAAUGAUUGCCCACCCCUGGUUUAGAUUCUGUGGUUUCCUUUCCACCCCAAAAGCCACUUUAAAUUCAAAUCUGUGUUAAUAUUCAGCGCUGGCAUUGUACCCACGUUUCCUGGGUGGCAGGUUUGAAAGAGUGCUAUCAUGCUCUAAGGUGCCCCUAAUAUUGGGGUGUCCAGAGCCCCUCGCAUCCCACUACAACAUGCUUUUUUCUGGGUCAUGCUGCUGUUUCGUUUUGCUAGCUAGGCUUUAGCCGAGGUCAAUAAUAAUAAUAACAAUAAUAAUAAUUGUACUUGGAAAAUAUUGUUACUGGAAGAAAGUAUAGGGUAAACAGAGGUUGUGUGUGUGUGUUUUUGCUCCCUUUCAUUUGGGUGUGAGUUUCCUUGGAAGGGGAUAAAUCCUGAAAGACCCAAGUCUUCAGUUGUUCACUUUAAAGACACGGCAUUCUGUUGUUUCUGUAUUUUUCGCACUACUACUAAUAAUAAAAGCGGACUGUUGUAAGUGA